GUGAUCGCGCGAGACCGGAGCGGAGCUGCCAGGGCCGCACGCGAGGCCGAACUUUUUACCGGUCACUUUUUUUUCUUUCUUUCUUUUUUUUUUUUGGCCUCACCUAGUUUUUUAUUUUCAUUAUUUCCCCCCCCUCAGACCCCAUAGUGGACACAGAGACUCACAUUUUAACGGCUAAAUUGUCCUCGUGUGCCGUUUAUACGUGUCUAAGAGCUAGCUUGUUAGAAAUUUGUUUUCGUCCUGACGUGAUUUAAGAAAGUCCGGAGUUUGACGUCUUUAAGCUAACUCGCUAACUGGAGGUAAAAAAGUGACAUCAUCGAAGGAGAACUUGAUCCGAGAUUCUAAGUGUCGGUGGAGAAAGCUUGGAGGUUGUGUUUUAUUUAUAAAGAUUUGGGGCCCAAACGGAAAACUUUGUGAUAAACUUUUAUUUGUGUUGUCUGAGGUGGUUUUGAACAGCCGGUGAUUAGCAUGCUAAACAGGUGCGGCUAGUCUCGAGACAGGAUUCGGAUUUUUCUGGGGUUUAUUUUUUGCCUGAACUUUUGGAUCUUUUUUUUUAAGGGUUUUCAGCCUGCAUCGAUAUGUCUUUCUUUUUCUCUCUUUCUCUCUGAUGCGUAUGCUUCAGAAUUUCUUUGACCGUCCUAAACCGUUGCUGUUGAUCCUAAGGUGCUAAGAGCUGAUUGGCUGGUGGUUGCCAUGGCGUCUUCGGUGAAAGUGGCAGUUCGCGUGCGGCCCUUUAACAACCGUGAGACGAACCGUGGAGCAAAGUGUGUGAUCCAGAUGCAGGACAAGUCCACCUGCAUUAUUAACCCCAAACAGCCCAAGGACACACCCAAGAGCUUCACCUUUGAUUAUUCCUACUGGUCACACAGCACAGCAGAGGACCCGUGCUUUGCCUCUCAGAGGCAGGUGUAUUUGGACAUCGGAGAAGAAAUGUUGCUUCAUGCCUUCGAAGGCUACAACGUUUGCAUCUUUGCAUAUGGCCAAACCGGAGCAGGAAAAUCCUACACAAUGAUGGGCAAACAGGAGCCAGAGCAGCAGGGUAUCAUCCCCCAGCUCUGUGAAGACUUGUUCAAACGAACUGCAGAAAACUUUGACCCUGACCUGUCCUACUCUGUGGAAGUGUCAUAUAUGGAGAUUUACUGUGAGCGUGUGAGGGAUUUGCUGAACCCGAAGAGUAAAGGCCCUCUCAGAGUCAGAGAACAUCCCAUCAUGGGGCCUUAUGUGGAGGAUCUGUCCAAGCUGGCCGUCACCAACUACACUGACAUCGCAGACCUGAUGGACUGCGGCAACAAAGCCAGGACGGUGGCUGCUACCAACAUGAACGAGACGAGCAGCCGCUCUCACGCCGUGUUCACCAUCCUGUUCACACAGAGACGCCAUGACCAGAUGACCAACCUCGACACUGAGAAGGUAAGUAAGAUCAGCCUGGUCGACCUGGCAGGAAGUGAAAGAGCGGAUUCAUCUGGGGCAAAAGGCAUGAGGUUAAAGGAAGGUGCAAACAUCAACAAAUCUCUCACUACACUGGGCAAAGUCAUCUCAGCACUGGCAGAUAUGCAAAGCACCAAAAAGAGGAAGUCUGACUUCAUCCCUUACAGAGACUCAGUACUCACCUGGCUGCUGAGAGAGAACCUGGGGGGGAACUCUCGUACGGCCAUGAUCGCUGCUCUGAGUCCGGCAGACAUCAACUAUGAGGAAACCCUCAGUACACUCAGGUAUGCGGACCGAGCAAAGCAGAUCCGCUGUAACGCCAUCAUUAAUGAAGACCCCAACGCUCGUCUGGUCCGAGAACUCAAAGAGGAAGUGUCAAGACUCAAAGAGCUGCUGCUGGCUCAGGGUCUCAGUGACCUCAUACCUGCUGCAGGAUCUUCUGUAGUUGGAGGUUCAGGUGUAUCCCAGCAGCCGCCUGUUCCUGGGGCCCAGAUUACCCAUGAUGCACCAAUGGAGGACCUCAAACCCUCCAGCCCAGUGAAACCUAUUAGCAAAGAGGAGGCUGUGGAGAGACUGAAGGAGACAGAAAAGAUAAUUGCAGAGCUGAAUGAGACAUGGGAAGACAAACUACGCAAGACUGAAUCCAUACGAUUAGAGAGGGAGGCCCUGCUAGCAGAGAUGGGAGUGUCCAUAAGAGAAGAUGGAGGGACUGUUGGUGUAUUUUCUCCCAAAAAAACUCCACAUUUAGUGAACUUGAAUGAGGAUCCUUUGAUGUCGGAGUGCCUGCUGUAUUAUAUUAAAGAUGGAAUAACCAGGGUUGGGCAGGAGGAUGUAGAUAUUCGUCUGAGUGGUCAGUUUAUAAAGGAGCUGCACUGUGUUUUCUGCAGUGACGUGGAAGAAAAUGGGGAAGUUGUUGUGACUUUGGAGCCGUUACCCGGAGCUGAAACGUACGUCAAUGGCAAACAGAUCACAGAAGGAGUCGCGCUCAAACAAGGUAACCGAAUUGUGAUGGGGAAGAACCACGUGUUUCGUUUUAACCAUCCCGAGCAGGCGCGGUUGGAAAGAGAGCGCAGCGCCACUCAGGACCAGCAGGGGGAGCCAGUGGACUGGAGCUAUGCACAGAAAGAACUGCUGGAAAAACAAGGCAUUGAUAUAAAACAGGAGAUGGAAAGAAGACUGCAGGAUUUGGAGAAUCAGUAUCGUAAAGAGAAGGAGGAGGCUGACCAACUGCUGGAACAGCAAAGACUGUAUGCAGACUCGGACAGUGGUGACGAUUCAGAUAAACGGUCUUGUGAAGAGAGUUGGAGGCUCAUCUCAUCCCUCAGAGAGAAACUACCUGCCAACAAGGUGCAGUCCAUAGUGAAGAAGUGCGGUUUGCCGAGCAGCGGGAAACGCCGCGAGCCUCUGCGUGUCUAUCAAAUUCCUCAGCGGCGGCGUCUUCCUGCCAACCUCGAAACCAAACAGCACCCGAGUGUGGAGGAGCUGCGCACUCAGGCUGUUAAAGAGAUCUGCUACGAGGUGGCCCUGGGAGAUUUUCGCCACACUCGUCAGGAGAUCGAGGCUCUGUCCAUAGUCCGCAUGAAGGAGCUUUGCAGGACAUACGGACAGAGAGACCCUCAGGAGCGAGAGAGCUGGAGGAGCGUGGCAAGGGAUGUGUGCAACACAGUGGGCAUCGGAGAGGACGAACCAGAGACGGAGGAGAAAACAGCCGGAGGGAAGGACAGAGAGAAGGAGAGGGGUAGAGGACCCGGGGGAGGGAAGGCAGACAUGGGAGAUCUGAAAGCUCACAUCGAUAAGCUGACUGACAUUCUGCAGGAGGUGAAGCUGCAGAACAACAUGAAGGAUGAAGAGAUCAAAGCACUCAGGGACAGAAUGGUUAAGAUGGAGAGCAUAUUUCCUGUAGAGCUGCAGGGAGAUGAAGAUUCCAUGACGGAAACAGAUGGAGCCAGAUCCGAAGAGGCGACGGAGCCGGGUGGAUGGAGCGGGGAGGACGCCGGGUAUCGCCGAGGUCGUCACAGGUGGCAAUAUCCCGAUAGGUAUCAAGAUGUCAAGCGUCGCCGCGGCAACGGUGCUCCUACCAAUUCCCAAAUGGGGCGUCCUCAGAAUAAUCCCUUUGGCGGCGGCGUUGGGGGAUCUGGACGCAUCCCGAACACUUUCUCUACACCUCAGACCGGCCGCGUCCCAAACGGACCAUUUCUACCCGGGACGGGACGCUUCCUGCCACCUUUAGAGAGGAAGUUUCAGUUUCCUUUUAAGGGAAAUCCUCAGCACCGGGGCUUCCACUGGGGACCCUUAGCCAACCAGAGAGAACCAGACACACAGGAAGGAAAUGACUCCACUACUUCUUCCUCCUCUGUGCACACUUUCCAGUCCCCACCUUCUCCAAACAAGGGCCAGUGGCAGCGGCGUAACCAUGGAAACAGAGGCCGCGGUAACCGGAACCGAUCUCGCAACCGGGGGCGAAACCCAUUCGACGGAUUCGUUCAGAACCAACACGAGAACAACGGUGAACACGCAGAUGGUGCAGCGUCACACCCGAGGGCGAAGUACACUUGGUACAACCCAAACACGGGCCCGGUUCAGGACGGCACCCAACAGAACCAGAACCAGCAGAGCAAGCAAGGGUUCCAGAAACACCAGAACCAGUACUAUUACGUUCCUCCCCGGCUUCAAUCCGCACCGCCGGAGAAAAUCCAGAACUGGUCUGGAGAGGGGGCUGAUCCCACAAAUGCCCCGCCUACUCAGCAUGACAUCACCAGCCCGAUGGAGACCUGAUUGGUUCGUUAAUGAGACAGGAAGUGAUGCAGAGGAAUCAGUAAUGUUGAAACGAUGAGAGGUGUUGAUGGAGGAUAAAGGAAGUCUUGAGCUGGAGUUGAGGUGUAAUAUGAUAAAGGUUUGCUUUGUGAUCAGUUUGUUUUUGCAGUGGAGACUUUUUAUUGUUUUUUUGUUUGUUUUUUUUUGACAAAACAAAUGCUGGAAGCAAUUAUUGAUUACUCAUUUUUAUAACUAAUUCAUUUUAAUAUUUACUCUGGGGAAGACACACUACACACACUUCAUCACAUACGAGCUUGAAACGGUUUGCGUAUCCGUGCAAUGACGUCAUAGUUUUUACACGCAAACUAAAGUCUAGUGUUGGGGGUUUUUAUUUUAUUUUUCCAAAACUCAAGAAUCACGCUUCUGUGCCUUAUGAUGCCUACAAUCCUUUCAAGUUUUUAUACACACCGUCUUUAUGAUUUGUGUAUAUAUAUAUAUAAUUUUAAACGUGACGUGUGAAAUAGGCGUCUGCGUGCGUGGGAGUGAUGACACGACACGGGGACGAGCGUGCCUUGUGAUGUGCGGUGCAGUUUGUUUUUACAAGUAGUUGGGAUUCUUAUGGAUUUUGUAUAUUUGGGAAACGGCUGCUGCGUAUCAUUAAAAAUCCUUCUACCUUGUACGCCGGAGUGAGUUUUGUGGCACAAACUUGAGUUCAUUUUUUCUUAAUUCUUUGACUCAGCUGUGGCGUUCUCUUGGAGUAAGGAUUUUUUGUUAACUCAAAUGUUCUAAGCCACGCCCAUCCUCCAAGGGUCACACUACACUUUUAUUUGGCGUCUGUUUUAUGUCUUUGGCCACGCCCCUUUCCACUAUAUUUAUCUAGAACACUAUUUCUCUGCACUUUUAUUAAAUCACUAACUCCACAUGUACAUGCUUUGAGAUGUAACCCAAGUGACUGUCAAGCAGAUACACUUCCUGUUAGUGCAGUGGGUGUGGCUUAGUCACUGAUUACUUCCAAUUAGCCAAAACAAUUAAGGUGUGUAUUUUCCUAAACCCUCCCACUAUUACUUUUGCCACAAAAUCCACUCUGUCUUGUGCCUGCUGAGGAAAAAUAAACUUACCAAAGAGGUUAAAAGGUCAGAAGUCGGCUAAUGGUGCUGUUUCCACAACAUGGUGGAUGCUAUGCCCCAAUCUAGCUCUUGUUCCCCCUCCAUACAAUUCUUUUAGCUUAAAUGUUCUAUCCUGUUUGUUCAAUAGUGUUUGACAAUUCCUAACAAUCCCUUUAUUUAACCGUUUUAGAUAAGUUUUUUAACCUGUGGCUUUUCCGCCACAUGCAAGAUCUUGUGACGAUGAUAUGCAAUGUAAACGUUUGACAAUUAAAGGACUCGUAUGUUACCUGA